AUGGCCGUUCCGGGAGCUUGGGUUCGCCAGCACUCCAAAGCCUCACAAGGGCACAACUGGCAACAACUCAACACGAGACCAAGUGAACGAGAACUGCAGACACGCCUGCAUGGUAGGAGUGCCCCCCCACUUCCUACCGAAGUAUGCCGGCCAGCCGACCAGCCGACCAGCCGACCGGCAGAUUGGGCCUGUUUGUGUGGCGCGGCGUGGACCAGGCACAUGGCGGCGGAGGUGGUACACAUGCCUGAGUUGCAACAUUCCCAAACGCCAGCACAGACACUUCUGUCUGUAGGAUUGGCACAGGGGUUUGCCAAGCCUCAGAAGUUCUGCAAAUCUGGGCUCUCCAAUGGGCGUAUUGCUUGUGAAUGCCACGAGUUGGUGACAAGCCAGCGGGGCCCGCUUUUUGGCCACGAGAAAAGAUUAACGAAUACGGUACGUAUGAUCAAUGCAACAUGA